AGCUGACACGCUGAGAUGUAUGCGGAAGUAUUUGUCUCAAUGGAGUUGCGAGUUGCGACUUCUGAGCGGCACUAUAGCCAAUCGAACUCUUACUUCCUGUUUUUGUCGCGUUGUUUAGUGACGUUUUAGUCUUGUAGAACGUCAGAUUCACAAUGAGCGCUCAGGAUGUGCUUAAUAGCGCUACAACUUUGGCUUCAUACAAUGUACUGCUUCAGGUGACGUUUCGUGUCCUCACCUUCCUGCUAAAUGCCUUCACUCUUCGCUUCGUGUCGAAAGAACUGAUUGGUGUGGUCAAUGUCAGGCUGACCCUGCUGUACACCACAGUGGUUUUCCUCUCCAGAGAGGCAUUCCGCAGAGCUUGUCUUAGCGGCAAGACGGAGCACAACUGGAAACAAAUCAUCAACCUGCUGUGGCUGACGGUGCCACUGGGCUUGCUCUGGGCAUUUGCUCUGGGCAGUGUUUGGCUGUACCUGCUGGAGGCCCCCGACCCCCUGACUGUGCCGCACUAUGGCCCCGCUGUCGCCCUCUUUGGCCUGUCCGCCAUUCAGGAGCUGCUGUGUGAACCACUGUGGGUGCUGGCUCAGGCCCACAUGUUUGUCCGUCUGAAGGUGGUUGCAGAGAGUUUGGCGAUGGUGGCCAGAUGUCUUCUGACAGUUUUGCUGGUGGUCUCAGCGCCACAGCUGGGACUGUAUGUCUUCUGCACAGCACAGCUGCUCUACACGGGUUGCCUCGUCCUCUGCUACGCUGCCUACUUCUUGCAUUUCCUGGGCUCACCAGCAGCGAAAAGGAUGACAUUCCCCUUCCACAGCGUUGGAGAUCUGCUACCUUCCGUGGGGAAUGGAGAGCAGCCAGUGGUAAACUGGAAACUGGCCAGACUCACGUGGAGCUUCUUCAAGCAGUCCUUCUUGAAGCAGAUUCUGACCGAGGGUGAACGUUAUGUGAUGACCUUCUUAAAUGUGCUGAACUUUGGAGACCAGGGCAUUUAUGACAUUGUGAACAACCUGGGCUCCAUGGUGGCCCGUUUUGUGUUCCUGCCCAUCGAGGAAAGCUUCUACGUCUUUUUCGCCAAGGUCCUGGAACGUGGGCAAGAGAUCAGGCAGCAGAGAAAUGAUGAUGUUGCCAUGGCAGCAGAAGUGUUGGAGUGCCUGCUGAAGCUGGUGAUGGUCAUCGGACUGAUCAUCACCGUUUUUGGGUACUCAUACUCCAACCUGGCUCUGGACAUCUACGGUGGUUCUCUGCUAAGCAGUGGGACCGGUCCCAGCUUGCUGAGAUGCUACUGUGGCUACGUGCUCCUGCUGGCUGUGAACGGCGUGACAGAGUGUUUCACCUUCGCUGUGAUGAGCAGGGAGGAGGUUGACAGGUACAACAUGAUGAUGCUGGCCCUGUCAGUGUCCUUCCUGGUGUUAUCCUACUUCCUGACAUGGUUCCUUGGUAGCGUGGGCUUCAUCCUGGCCAACUGCCUCAACAUGGGCCUUCGCAUCACCCACAGCCUGCUCUACAUCUCCCAUUAUUUCCGGGACAGCCCUUGGGAGCCCCUGCGAGGCCUGCUCCCCUCCCCCGCCCUGCUGCUUGCCCUGGGUCUCAGUGCGGCCCUCACCAUCUUCUCAGAGGUUACCCUGUGCUGUGACGGUGGCUGGGUGCUCAGGCUGGCACAUGUGGCAGUCGGCGGGGUCUGUCUCCUUGCUGUGCUGACCACCAUUCUCCUAGCCGAGACGCGGCUCGUCCGCUUCAUCCGCACACGGCUGCUGACCCGCCGCUCUGGGAAAGAGUCCUAGAGGAACCUAUAGAGGGCACUCUGGGUGAACCUACAUACCAGACUGGGCUAAACAUGGCUCUGUUGUGAGGUGUCUGGGUUGAGGAAAAGGUCUGGAUUCACAUGUGCUGCGAGUUCUGUGCUAUGGCACCAGCGGGCCAAGAUUGUUUAAGGUGCCACCAUUGGAUGUUUGCUUAAAUUGGCAGAAUGUCAUCCUGCCUCUGUCCCCCUAUAAUCUUCUUGCACAUUGGGACACCGUUGGCCAGUGUUUAGAAAGACAACCCAAGAAGUGCUUUUGGCUUAAAGGGAGAGUACUUUUUCAUUUCUAGCCAGCAAACGUAAUCAACACCAUCCCGAUGACAGUGAUUGGUGGACAAUGUACAACAGCAACACAGAAUUAAAACUAAAAAGGACCAGAAUUGGCAUUAAAUGUCCAGUGGUUGUGGCUGUUUAAAGACACUGAUUAUUUAAAUGCAGCUGCGUUUGAGAGAUUUAGAAACACAUGCAGUAAUAUGCUUGUGAAUAAAAGUUAUAAUCUAAAUACGUAUUGUAUUUAUAUCAGUAAAUAAGUCUCAUAUUUACAUCAGUAAAUACAGUAGAUGCAUAUUAUAGCACCUGUUCAACAUAGAAAUGGCAGGUGUGGAAUUACACGUUUAAUUUUUUGUGUUGUGUGUCUGCUUAAGUCAUCCAGCUAACUGAGAAAUCCUGCUUCAUAGAAUAGUCCCCUGUACUAGAUAAGCUAGAAGAUGGACGGAAGGAGUUCUGGCUUUAUGGUUGCCCAGCAGGUGGGGCUAUAGUCGGAUCAUAUAGUAUAUGUUAAUUAAUUUCAUACACAUGCUUACGGAGCAGGUAGGGGAUGAGAGGGGCAAUGGCCCAAUAUUAAGUUCAUAGGGGGCAUCCAGUUUAUACCAUUCGUUUGGGUUUGACGCACAGGGAAGUACAACGGUUCGCGAACUGGCCUAAGGCUGUUGCAGUGGCAGAGAAACCUCCCCCAAGUACCGUCGUUUUUUAGUGUGUUUGUUUUUGGGUUUCUACUUUAACUCUUCUCUGUUCCAGGUCACAGUUCUUUGCCCUGUUUUGACAAAUAAUAGAUGUGACUAAGCCUAAACCUUGUGCUGGAUAAUUAAGCGGUUGUUAUAUGGAUGUAAUAGAAUAGAUGAGGUUGUCUUCAUUUUUCAUAUGCUCUUUUUCUUUCAAAAUAAGUUAAUGUACAUAUAAACAUUGUACCACACAUUUUUUUAUCGUUAGGAGAUAUCAGUUCGUCCGAAAAUCUGCUCAAAGUUUUCGGCAGACGUGUGUCAACCUCGUAGUUAAAAACGAAUCGUACAUAUGCCGUAUUUCUGGACUGAAGCUAAGCUUGUGUGGAAUUAGGAUACCAAAUUAAGGGUUAUAAUAUAAAAUAAAAAAAUACGUUACUAUUUAAAAAGCACA